AUGCGAUUUAUCCGAGCCGCAGGUGAGACGAGCGGCAAGACGACGACCUUUUCGGUCACUGUUGCCUCCGAGACCAUGUCUCCGCCUCCGAGUGUGACUCCGCGCCCACCCGAUGUUUGUCGGCGACCCGAUCAGUGUGCCCCCUCCCCCACUUGCCCAUUGGAACACGAGGUCAACGACAGCCAUUCGUCCGAACCAGUGACCGAGAAGGGCAAAAAAGUUCACUGCGGUUCGCAAGGCCGGAUUUUUUGCCACCACGACACCUCGUUCGGCGACGGUCGGACAAGCGUGGCAGCGGCAGUGGAGACAGACCGACCGAGCGACCGACCGAAGGACGACGACCAAGCGAGGUUCGAGUGCGCGGUCGAGGCCUCAGCCGACCGGCAGCAGCUGCGUGGCUGCUGCGACCAGGUCAGCAGCGCUCUACACGUCACUGGCAACGCACACUCGCGAUGA